GUUUGUGCUCUGUCACGUUUUAUAAGCACACUAUUUGCCCGAUCUAAUUAGCUAUAGCAGCUGGUUCUCGGCUGACGUCGCUGUCGUUCAUGAUGGCGAGCAACUUGUUCUUAGGGACACCUCUACUACUUUCUCUCGUCUUGACUUGGACAACGCCAGUACUCGCUCACGAACAUCAUGGAGCAGACCUCACAGAAGAACAACUACAUGCCCCAGUCGAUGCCAUCCUCUGGAUACACAUCGCCCUCCAAGCUAUCGUCUGGGGUAUCAUAUUCCCCAUAGGCAUGGUACUCGGACUCACACGAAGUAAAUGGCAUGUUCCCGUACAAAGCCUUGCAUUUGCCCUAACUUUCGGCGGCAUAGUGCUUGGCCAUGCCCAUGGCGGUCGACAGUUCCCUUCUUCUAUUCACUCACAUCUUGGCUCAUGGAUCUUGGUCCCUGUUCUCGCCCAGCUGGGUCUUGGAAUCUAUCUAAAGCUUCAUAUCCAUGAACGUACCGUACGGCCGUACGCUGUGCGCGCUCAUGGUAUCCUGGGACGUGUAUGGCCUGUUCUUGGUUGGGUUCAGGGCUUGUUUGGCGUCAUCACGUUGAGGGGGUUCUGUGGGGAGGUGGGAGCCGGCCAAUGUGCCGCGCACUAUAUUAUGGGAAGUGGAUUCAUUGGCUAUGGUGUCAUCAUGGCACUCUUACUUGUUGUCGGUGACAACUGGGUGCGCCGCAGCGGCCGCAGUCCGGAAUGGUGGGAUUCAUGGGUGAUCAUGCUUUGGGGCAUGGUCAAUACGUUUACUGAGCAUCACGGUGGCGAAUGGAGUGUGAAAGAUAUGCAGCAUACGGUUCUUGGUGUGCUCUGGUGGGCAGGAGGUGGUCUUGGCAUCUUCUUGUCUCGGAAUAAUCAGCGAAAUGUAGUACCUGGCGUGAUCAUAAUAUUAACAGGAUGGGCUAUGUCAGACCACGCUCAGGCUCUGAUGUUGUCCACGAAGGUUCACUCCAUGUUCGGAUACUCGCUGAUGCUCGCUGGUUUAGCGCGUAUCAUCGAGGUUUGUUUUAUACCGCUACCGCCUUCACCACGAUCGGAGGCACCUCCACUGGAUGAUAACGAUUCAGAACACACAUUGGCACCUCCUGUGCCAAAUGAUACCCGUGUUGCCAGGAAAACAAAUGCUGCGCGGACAUUCAGGCACUUGUCACCGUUUUUGCUAGUUGCUUCUGGGUUGCUGUUCAUGUCCGCCACCGAUGAGGAGCUCGAAGCUGUCCACGAAGCAGGAAUGGAUCACGUCACAUAUGUGCUGUUUAUGUACAGCAUUGCAUUCCUGUUCUACCUCCUUACUGUGUUCUUGCUGCACCUUUACUCCACGUCUGGGCGGAAUGCGUCGUCUGCGCAGCAGCCUAGUGUUAUUUUUUCGGCUGGGGAUAUUGAGCUGUCGGGCCCGAGCGAUGCGAGUAAGUGGUAUGCGCCAUUACCAAGGGAGGCAGGGAGGUCGGCGGCAGUGCAUGUACUUGGAGAAGACGAGGAUGAUUGAUGUACGUACAUAGAUUUCUGAUACUAGUACUGUCUACAUAGUAUCUAUUUCCUGUGUACCCGAUAAGCUUAAGGCUGCAAGGUGGAAAACAUCGAUCAGCGCAGGAUGUCCCAGCCGACGACCGUGGGUUGCUAGCUGUACAUGGCUUCUCUAAUUCAAA